AAAUCGAAAUCGUUGAAUCUUCAUCACAAUCAGCAUAAUAAAAACGAACAAAGAAUAUCAGUAAUAUCAACAACAAGUUCAAACACUACAUCAGGAAUUGUCAGUGACAGAGUGCAAUCUGAAGACGAAUUAGAGAUAAUGAUCGACUCGCCUCCCGCUCCAUCCACAGAGAGUUUGGCAUUUGCCCAUUUAUUAGAUAGUUCAAACUCAUAUUUCCUACGAAACGAUUCUCAGAACAGCCAUUUAUUACACAAAACAACGUCAUUACAGCUACGUAAACCGAAGUUACAUCAAUCUAAAAGUAUGGAUGAGAAUGAAUCGUGUAAAUUAGAUACUACUUCAGAAAUUGUGUUAAAUAAUCUGGUCGAAACUGUGUCGCUACCCGAUCAAAGCUUAAGCGAGUCAAAAACCGAUAGCCCUGUCAACAAAUCUAAAUGCACGGGAUCGCAGUGUUCUUCAUCUUGCAGUACGGUAGUUAUGGCGCGAGCUGGCCUUAGUACAUUGAGUAGAGCAUCUAAUACAAGCAGUUUAGAACUAGGCUUCAGCCAUACAGCACAAAAUUCAAUGUUGAGUGAUAACAGCACAGUUGGAAUAGAUGUGGAAUAUUCUCAAGAUACCGAGUCAGCGCUGUACGAUGGCUUGGGUCAGCCUGUGACAAUAGCGGCCUCGAGCGAAACGAGUGGAGUUUACACAAUGGGUAGUUCAGAGCUAACUGCACGAUCAAAAAUUGGAAUCCAUUCAGAAGGUAGUAGAACCGAGUAUGAAAGUUCUCAUUAUAGCUACAAACCAUCAGAAGAAAACGAUCUUGCUGCAUUUGACAGCGUUUCGUCAAUAUUAAAAAACAAAGCAGAACCUAGUCACUCUACAGGACCUCUUAGAUUACAGGCGUCUCUAUUAGAUGUGGAUUGUGUUGAUGGCGAUGCAAAGUAUACAAAUCAAAAGCAUGAUGACAAAGAAAAUAUUUUUAGGGAACGAUCUAACUCCAAUGUCAGUGCCGUAUCUUUUCAUGGCGACGGCAGCGACCCUACUGACCAGAAACAUAAUUUACUUAGUGCUAGUGAAUUAAGUGACUUAAUAGUUGGACGAGGAGUAUAUCCUAAAAGUCAAUCCGUCAGUGAUACGUUAGACUCAGUAUCAGAUUAUGUCAGGUUACCUGUGCCGUUUUCUGGUGACAGCUACAUCCAAGGUCACGAAGAUACUGCUCCAUCUGAUGAUAACUACCCAAACGGUUCCUUUUUCGACCGACCACCAACUCCGCCAACUAGAACUGAUAGCAGAAAAGUUUUUAAUUUAUCUCUCCCGAACAUAUUGGACAUUGAUCGGGAUCAAGUGAUGUCAUCCAUACCUGAGAAACCUCCACCACCACCAUACGACUAUAAUCACAAAACUGUUCCUGCGCACACAUCUACAAACACAAAAGCUCCUCCUGCUUACCCCGUUUCUAUAAGCAGUCGUGGGUCUUUUAAAAAUUACGCAGAAAAAGAAGAAGUAGCCGCUAGAGUCGUAACAUCUAAGCCUAUGAUAACGAUACUAAAAGCCGAAGCAGGAGAUGUAAAUACACCAAGCGAAAGAACCUUCGCUAGUCCUAUGGUGAUGGAACACAGAUUUCAGAAAUCGAAACGGCAUCAAGCUUCCAGCCGUAGAGCCGGGCGGUCAAAGCUAGCUCAAGGGAUUAGCAGUCUAUCCCCAUCAAGAGAAAUGCCCUCUCAUGUAGCAGACGCUAAUGUCCUGGUGGCAAUGAUGAAACUGCCGCCGCCGCCCCCUCCCCGCCGCACCCGACUACCUCCGCCACCGCCUAUAGCCCGCCUGCCGCCUCCGCCUCCACCACAUAAUCCCAUGUUUCAUCAACAGCUUUAUAGCGACGUCGACUACGUUUACUAUCCUUUACAAGAUCCGACGAUAUCCCAACAAAACUACCUCGAUCACAAAUUUUCUGAACCCCGUGUUUCAAAUAUGCACAAGAGCGGCCUACAAUAUAGAAGUACGCCGUUUUUAUCGACGAACAUGUCGACGUCAUCCAUGUACGGAUCCAUACAGAAUCUAUCAGACUCUUAUAUUCAAUUGCCUGGAAAUCGUUCAAGUUGGUAUUCCUUAACAUCCAGAACAUCACUUAGUAAUUACUCAGUUAACCUGGAACGUCCACAGUUACCAAUCCGAACACCGGAAAUAUCCAAUUUCCCGCGAACCAAGUCGGACGACAACCUGUUAAACCCAAGGGAUCCGCCGCCCAUUCGCUCGAGGCGUAUGCCACCGCCGCCUCCGCCGCCCUAUGAACAUAAAAAGAAGCUCUCGGCGCCGCUUAGGGAAGUCAACAUUUCUAACACUGGCGCAAAUGUGAUGAGUGAAAUUAGUAAAGUAAGAGACGCUAAUGGUGAUCUAGACAUAAAAACUCUUCGUGAAAAAAGUAAAAAUUUAGAUCUGCCACUGAUCGCCGCGUUAUGUAACGACCGGUCGUUAUUAAAGCAAACAAAAGCAUUUGGUGUUCCUAAGUUGCAUAAACAAAUAGUUAGUGAAAGUGAACGAAAGUGUACCAAGUCUGUUUUAAACACCACCGAUAAUCUAGAACUUAAGAAUAACAACAAACAGGAAGGUAACGCAAGAAUGUCAAUGACAGGGUCGCAAAAGAAAAUUUUAAUAAGAAAGCCGACAGACAAACUUCCCGCGUUACCCAGUUCCGACACUCACACCCCUAGAGCUUUGUCGAACACUUACGUAAUGCAUCCAAGUGUAAAAGUAAAGAAAAUCCAACCCAGCUCAUGACACGAUGUGCCGACUUGACAUCGUAAUUUAGGCUUUACUAUUUGUGAAUACUUCCAGUGCUAUGAAUUGAGCUUUUCUCCACCGACCUUACGCAAUAAGACUGAUUAAAAGUCCUUAUAGACCUAUCUACUAGUUAUAUUAAGCACAGUUACAAUGAUAUCACAAUUAUUCACAUUUUUUAAAAUAUUAGGUUAUCAGAAACAUUCCAAUUUUCGAGAAUAUCUGUACCUAAUAGAUGAUAAUACUGCACAUUAGAUACAUUUUAUAAGUAAAAUUCAAGUUAAAAAUAAAUGAAAUGUCAUUGGCCGAGUAAGUAGGUAUGAUGAAUUUGUGCCAUAAACAAACAGUCAGGCUUAUCGGUAAUGUGUUAGGUAUGUUUCACAGGCCCUUAUUAAUAGACAAUUGAUGCCUUAUGAACGAUCUAAGAUUAACCAUAGUUGAUAAACAAUUACCUAUUUCCUUAAAGUUAGACCCAGAAGUCUGCAGAGAUUUUGACAGCACACGCAGGGCCAGUGUUAUUUAUACGUCAUAAUUUCAUAUAAGUUUGACGUUUAAAAUAACACCUGCACUGCGUGUGCUGUCAAAAUCUCUGCAGACUUUCUUGGUUUGACUCUAUUGCUGUCUGGCUGUUUUAUUCAAUCAAUGUAGAUUUUCAAGAUAAUAACCAUUUCGCAUUAAAACACGAAAAUCGUUAUACACGGUGGCUAUAAAAUAAGUGCAUUCCCGUUGCCAAGGAGGUUUUGGGAUUAUAUUGAGUAACUUUUACUAUGUGACCAAUCACAAAAUUGCGAAAAAAAAUUUGGCUAUUUCAUACAUUUUGGCUGGUCCAUUUUCUAUGGGAGGGUAAUUUUUUUUGCGAUUUCGUGGUUGUUCCUAUAGUAAAAGUUGCUCAGUAUGAUCCCAAAACCUCCCUGGCAAUGGAAAUGCACUUUUUUUUAGCCACCCUGUAUAUUGAAUAAUUUACCCUUAACUACAUUAUACCUUUCAUUUCAAAUAGGUAGUAUAUAACUUGUUUUUUAAUUUAAAAAAAAACGUAUUUGUGCAGUUGCUUCUAUCAAAAGCUAUGAAAACCUAUUUAUAUAGGUAGCAUCAUUGUUUGCAUACAAAUAAAAAAACUCUAUAUACCACCAGCCACGCAACGCACGACCUUGUCUUGUAAAAGUUGUUUUCUCGUAUGUAUUUUUGUUUUCCUAGAUGUUCAAGUGGUCAGUUUUAUGGUUAUACACAUUCCCUUUACCUAUUUGUAAUAAUAAAUACUCGCAGUUUUAAGAAUUCGCAGAUGAUAGAUAUUUAUUCGGUAUCUAGAUCUGUUUGAAGUCAUUGUAUAGAUAAGUCGUAGAGAAUAAUAAUACUUACAAAAUAGUAUCUGCAGCUAUUUAUUUUGUUUAAACAAUCUUUACAUGUAUAUAUAAUCAAGUGUAAUGAGUACAUACAACCAUGUGUACAAAUGUAAAUAAAAAAAUUAUGUGUAAAAUUAUGUCUUAUUUCUUAAUAAUCCUUAAAAAAUAUU